GUUCAAGAAGACCUUCAGAAGCUUAAAGUGAAAAAUACCAACCUGAGAAGAAAUGUAGAAGCCGUGGAUAUUAGCGACCUCGAAACAGCGAUUGCAAGAACUGAACUUGAGCUGAGAAAACAUGCUGAAAAUGACUUACAUUCUAUAAACAGACAAGUGUUAACUAUUUCUUCUACUGAUAAUAAAGAAGUACAUUCGAAAGAGCCCCCUAAAUGGGGCCUUCAUUUUGGUGCUUCUCAGAAACAGCUUAUUUCACCCCGAGUGCCUGUUGAGCCAGUGACCGUCCAGGCAUACAGCAAAUCAGCCCUACGCGUUUCUCCGGGUUCACAGCAGCAGGUGGAAAUGGAUAUGAAGAUUAUGCUUGACGCAGAGGAUGUUGAUAACAAAGCUGUUUUAAAACAGAACUAUGAGACCAGGCUGCCACUCAUAACUAAGAGAAAAUCUACUCCUGUUUAUCGUUGUCUCAUUUUCCUAGCGUCAGCCAGUGAGAGAAAACCACACAAUCUUCUGCUCGUGGUGGUUCGCUAUCAAAUGCACGGUCAGAAGACAGUGAAAGGCCAUCGAGUUAGCAACCGCCAGGGUUUGCUUGCCCCUCGCUACAGGGAUUCUCCCUUACCCCUGUUACAAGAAGAUAUAACGAAAGGUAUUCCGAGCCUAACUGAGCAAAGGCUGAUCCCUCCAGCAGCAAAAGUAGCUCUCCGGUCACCUCCUGUUGUAUCCAAAGCAGCACCUUUCCAUGAAUUUCCCAGGCAGCACAAGAAAUCAGCUCUAGGAGAUAUUAAUAGUAGGGCAACCCCUGAGAAUACAGACACCAUCACCCUCCCACACACAAAGGAAAUUUAUGGCACGUAUUCCUCUAGUCAAGGUAAUGUUGCAUCACUUCCAUCCAGCAGCUCCGCAGUUUCAGCAAGGAAAUCAAAGCCAGUGUGGACACAUCCAGCUCAACAGUUGGAAUCUGAAUGGCAGGUUCCCUCUCAAACACAGCCCCGGCAAACGUCUCUGUGUCAGUCCUUACAGGAGCCGCGCUUUGACUGCGACGUUGCAGUUUACCAUGGCACGAUAGACUGGAAAGCCCCAGGCCUCCUGGCCUUCAAGCAACGUUAUUGUUUGUCUUGGGGGAGCGUUGUCUUUUUUUUGGAACACACAAAAAAGCUUCUCAAAGACUACGCUGUACCGUUGGCUACGAUAGACUGUAAAAAGUUGGCGGAAAUCGUGUCGGACUUUGAGCUUCACGAGAAUCCCACCAAAAGUGACAUUCUGUCAGUGAUAAAGAAUCAGUCAGCUGUGGAAAAGAUCUUAAGUCGACCUGGCCAAAGAUACAAAGGCCGAGGGGGUACCGAAACGGCCGCCACGAAGAUCCAAGCAAUGUGGCGAUGUUACCGGGCCAGAAAAGCCUACGUCCGUUUCAGGCAGCAGCAGUGGGCAUCAGGUGUGAUCGCCGCCGCUUGGCUCUCGCGUAAUCACGUGGCACGGGUGAAAAAGACCCUGAAGGAAUCACGUCAGAGACACCUGGAGAAUUUUUACAUCAGGGCCAAGCAUCUGGCAGCCAACUGGAAUCGCAUCAGGACCUCCAGGAGGACUAUUAUCCAUAUCCCAUCAUUAGGAUAUUCCCAGUGUAUCCGUGAGCAGAUUCCUGAUCUUGCUCUCCAACAGAACACGCAGAUGGGAAGGCUGUGUGACGUACUGGAUGCCAACGUGGACGUCAUCUACAUCUGCCCCCUUCAUCUGAGUGAGGAGUUACUGCAGUAUUACAAUAAACUCCUGGGUCUGCAGGCAGCUGUUAGAUCUGGGAACCCUGAGGACAUGGGUGACCUGCAGGACAGGUUCAAAAUUCUCACCCCUGAAGCUAUAAACAGCUUCCCUAAGCAUCGCAUGUGCUUAGCCACUCAGCUGAAGUACAGUCCCAAGACAAUCGAAGGAAUAAAAUUUCUUAUCCAGAAUAGAGAUGCCUACAUUAUUGGAGGGGUUCCCCACCAAGAUGAUUUAGCAGUGGCCGACAUGCUAAAUGUGCCUAUAUUAGGCUCCGCGCCAGAAGUGGCUCACCUCUACGGUACUAAGUCUGGAAGUAAACGAAUUUUUGCCAGGGCUUGUGUGCCAACCCCUCCUGGAGAGUCCGACAUCGUCAGCAGCGAGCAGCUGUUGAGCGUUCUCAGCCGGCUCAUCGUUGACAACCUGGAGGUGCGGUGUUGGUUGUUCAAAGCCAAUGAUGAAUCUGGAGGAGACGGCACCGCCUGUUGCGACGUCGCCUCGCAUUUGGAAUGCUACAGCUGGGUUCAGAAGGAACGUCAGCGAUACGGUCCCGAGGUCUGGAGGAAGAAGUGGGCGCAUGAGCCAGCUUUGGUGAAGAUCUCCCAGGAGCUGCCGGGCCUUUUAGCACAGCACGUACAGCCAGUCAAUGAGAAACGAUUCCCUACAUGGGAAAAAUUCCUCCAAACAUUUCUUAGUCAAGGUGGUGUGAUAGAAGCCUUCCCGUUCUCAGAAAAUGUCACAAACCUUACAGUGGAUGUGCUGAUAGAGCCCACAGGCGAGAUAAAAAUCGUGUCGUCUGGAGACCAGCUCCACGCCGACGGGCCUUUGCGAUCAUCUGGCACUACCAUUCCACAGCGUUCUGUUGACCCAGCAGUUCUUCGUUCACUCUGCUCGAAAAUUGGAGAAACCUGUAAAUCUGAAGGAGUGCUUGGUUACUUCUCCGUUGAUUUCGUGACUUUCGUCCAUCCCCAAACGAUGGAGCAGCAGGUAUGGGCAACAGACCUUGACCUUCGCUAUAGUGACCAGCUGGCCUUGACUCAGCUCCUGUUGUACGUGACAGAUGGAAAUCUGGAUUGUGGCUCCAGCCGCUUUGAGGUGUCUCCUGGCUCAAAGGAAAUGAAAAGCCAACCCACGCAGCAUGAGGAGACAAAAACUCCUGGUCCAAUAAGCAGCCGGUGUGCAGCAGCGAGCAGUCAGCUGAGGCACUCUGGCCUCUCAGGAAUCUGCUAUAACGUUCUCCUCCAGAUGUGUAAAGCUCGUGGUGUUGGAUUCGACCUCCAGGAGAAACAGGGAACGGUUUUUAUCUUGUAUGGAGACGAAAAGCGACACAGAUUGGGAAUGAUAACAAUCGGAGAGGAUCUCCAGGGGGUCCUCGUGACCUUUGCUUGCAAUCUCUUCAUCAUCCAUCAAGAAAUAUCACCACCUAAUAUGCAAGGCGAGACCAAUUUUAAGAUGGCAAUUCAAGAUAUUGAAGCAAUUCUAAGAAUUCCAGCAGAAAACAAACUGAAAUUGGAAGAGGAGCAACCUUCGAAAGCAGAUGCUCUGAAAGAAUAGUUAACGGAAAAUGUUGAAGUGCCUUAUUCUUUAUGCUUCUGGAAAUGCUUUCUCAUCUGUAAGAACAGGUUUGGUUUUCCUUCUGCGUUGGCAUGUGAAGCAAUAUUAACCAAGACACAACAUUCCCAUGGUUUCCGAGCGCAGCAUUUA